UNAUCUCUCUCUCUCUCUCUUUAUUGCUGAGCUUACCAAGUGAAAGUACUUGUACUUGCUAUAUAGUGAUCACCGAGUUAUUAAAAAAGAAAAAAAAAAUGUUGUCAAGCAAAGUUAUCGGCGACUCUCAUGGACAAGACUCAUCCUACUUCCUUGGAUGGCAAGAAUACGAGAAGAAUCCAUUCCACGAGACUUUUAACCCUAGUGGGAUUGUUCAAAUGGGUCUUGCUGAAAACCAGCUUUCGUUUGACCUAAUAGAGUCUUGGCUUGAAGAGCAUCCAGAAGUCUUGGGUCUGAAGAAAAAUGAAGAGUCGGUGUUUAGAAACUUAGCUCUGUUCCAAGAUUACCAUGGCUUACCAGCUUUCAAAGAUGCUAUGGCGAAAUUCAUGGGGAAAAUAAGAGGAAACAAAGUGAAAUUUGAUACGAAGUUUGAUAGAGAUCUCAAAUGGAGGACAGGAGUAGAGAUUGUUCCUAUCCACUGUGUAAGCUCGAAUGGGUACAAGAUAACGGAGGAUGCACUAGAAGAUGCUUACGAACGAGCUCACAAACUUAACCUAAACGUUAAAGGAGUUCUCAUAACGAACCCUUCAAACCCUCUAGGAACCUCUACCACCCGUGAAGAGCUUGAUCUUCUUCUGACCUUCACAUCCACCAAGAAAAUUCAUAUGGUGAGCGAUGAGAUCUACUCGGGAACGGUUUUUGACUCUCCUGAGUUCACCAGCGUUCUUGAAGUGGCUAAGGACAAGAACAUGGAUUUGGAUGAGAAAAUCCAUGUUGUUUACAGUUUGUCCAAGGACCUAGGCCUCCCUGGAUUUCGUGUAGGCUUGAUUUACUCGGACAACGAGAAAGUGGUGUCAGCCGCAACCAAAAUGUCCAGUUUUGGACUCAUUUCUUCCCAGACUCAGCAUCUGCUAGCCAAUUUGCUGUCUGACGAAAGCUUCACGACCAACUACUUGGAUGAGAACAAGAAGAGGCUGAGAGAGAGAAGAGACAGGCUGGUUUCGGGUCUAAAGGAAGCAGGGAUCGGUUGUUUAAAGAGCAACGCAGGUUUGUUCUGUUGGGUUGACUUAAGACACCUCUUGAAAUCCAACACUUUCGAGGCCGAGCACUCUUUAUGGACAAAGAUUGUGUGUGAAGUCGGUCUUAACAUCUCUCCAGGCUCAUCAUGUCACUGCGAUGAGCCUGGUUGGUUCAGAGUUUGUUUCGCGAAUAUGUCAGACCAAACGAUGGAGGUUGCUAUGGACCGUGUUAAAGGUUUCGUAGCGGACAAUAAUCGUGGUUCACAAAAGAGGACCAUGUGGAAUACAAGGAGAAGGUCGCUCAUCAACAAAUGGGUCUCCAAGCUUUCCGCUGUUACUUGUGAAUCAGAACGUUGAUGAGUUGUCUAAGAAUCUCUCUUUGAUUUUUUUUCAUAUUAUAAUUGUUUUUCAUGUUUUUUUUUUCACUCCAGAUUUGGCGCAAGCCAUUAUUGGAGUUUAGCUCUACAAAAUAAAGGAA